UGCCUUUUCGUUUCUAGGGAUUAUUCCAGGGACUGUCGGUAAAGUUUUCAACUUGUUAGUAUAUAAGGCAUUCGCAUACAGUGGCUUGCAUUAGCCGUGAGUAAGAGUGGUAAGAGGCAACUGUCGUCAAGAAUUGAUCGUUGACAAUCAGAAAAUGUUUCAUAUAAGAUUGGUGAAGCAAUUUAGAUCUAUAAAAAUUAGACAAUUCCAUUCUACUCUUAUUAAGUAUGAAGAUAAAGUUGUUCCUGAAAAUAAAUCCACCAAACCAUCACCAGUGCAAGAAAACAUAUUAGGGUCACCAUUUCAUACUGUGACUAAUUUGGAUAAAAGAAUAUUAGUGUGGGUUAAACGCUAUCCUAGUAUAGAUCAAGUUCCAGACAAAGUAUCAGUGUAUACAAAAAGCACAUGCUAUAGCAAGAGUUCGUGGAUGUCUUUUUAUGACAAUACUUGCAAUAAUUGGAUUUAUGGUAUCUGUUUAUAUGGGGAAAAAGGGAACAGCAGCUGGAAAGAAUGUAAUGACAGAAAGAUUAAAGUGGUAUAAAAAAGUAGAAGAAGAAGGUCGAAAAGAAGCAAUGGCAAAACAGCAAUAAAGAAGUAUUUCAAUGUUAUUGUAAAUAUGUAAAAUGCAAUAAUAAAAUAGUUAUUUAAUAUAAUAUUCUAUUGCUUGUAUUGCUGAAAAAAUCUUACUCAUGUUUUAAGCAAUAUUACAUGAACAAUAAAUAUUUUUCUUUAUAGUAUAAAAUCAUAUUAUAUGAACUAUGUUUUAAGUAGAAAGUAUGUAAAACAGGCAUGAUGUAUUAUAUUAAUAUUAUAAAAUAUAUUUUUCAGUAAAUAGAAA